AUGCUUACCGUCGAAAAAAGGACAAUCUCAUUUAUAUUACAAAGGUUGAAGCUUACUCCAGAAAUGCGUGAUGACAUAGCACUUCUCGCUACUUGUGGAAUGCAUGCUGAUGCAAUUAUUGAAGUUUUGCAAAAAAACUUGGAAAAGCAUUUUCUUAGCAAGUAUCGUGAUGAAAAAUGGAACAAAUUUUUUGCAGCUUUUUGUUAUGCAUGCAAUAGUCGAGUUGAAUCAAUUUUUGAAGAGAGAUGGGCUGCAUUGUUGCAGGAAUAUCCUGAUGCCACUAGUUAUUUGCAACAUUAUCUUUAUUCAUGUAGAGAGGAUUGGGUAUUGUGUUUUACACACCAUGCAUUUAAUGCUGAAAUACAAAGUAUACAAUAUGUAGAGUCAUACAAUAGUAUUAUUAAAAACAAUGUUAACAGGUCAUCUUCACUUACGGAGCUUGAGCAUACAAUUAAGAGGUUAUUAAUAACUGUUGAAUCACCAAGAGGCAUGUUUUCUGAAGAUAUGUUUGAUACAUAUGUGAUAGAACUCAUGCAGUUAAUUGUAGAUUUAGAUCUAACAAGAAUACGUGAACUUUAG